AUGAAUUUCUACCAGAUUUCUCAAUCGUUUGGGAAGAUUUGUUUUCUUGCUGUUGUUCUCAGCUUGUACUUUUUUACUCAGUCUCACGCUGAAGUACUCUCGCGUUCCUUUGGGUUUUCAAAAUCCCUUGGAUCCAACAUUGCUCUUAAAAACCAUCUACUUCGGAGUCUAAAACGAGUUAGAUCACCUGCAAGAUGCUUGGCCAACUGCCUCCGCGAACCGCAAUGUGUUGCCGUGAAUUACAAGGAUCUAUCGGGUAUAUGCGAGCUGAUUGAUGGUACGAAGACCGAGUACCCCGGAGAUUUAAAGGAGGAGUCUGGAUGGAUGUACUACGAGGCGGAGACCAAGACAAAGACAGCUCCUGUUCUCACGGCAACCGAAGCGUCAACAACUAGAACUCAGACACAGAAGACACUGCCCUCAACUACUGCUAAUCCAAGACCCAAGGAUUGCUGGGACCAUUUCCAGAAUGGGCAAAGAUCAAGCGGUAUCUACACCAUCUAUGUUGAAGGCAAGUCGGCGGGACUUGAUGUAUACUGCCAAAUGGACAGUCCAACCGCUGGUGGUGGAUGGACGAUGCUUCAGAACCGAGAUAGCGGCAACGUUAGGUUUUAUCGUGACUGGACCGAGUACAAAACUGGAUUUGGGAAUCUGUACAGGGAGUUUUGGUUGGGAUUGGAGAAUAUUCAUCUUUUGACGACCCAAGAUGAAUAUCAGCUUCGAGUUUGGCUCUCGAUGGAUUCUUACUGGACAUACGCUAUGUACGAUAGUUUUCAUGUAUCUGACGAGAAUGACAAUUACACCUUGACGAUUGGUACAUUUACCGGUUCCACAAAAGCAGGUGACUCGAUGAUAAGAGAGCACAAUGGAAUGCCAUGGUCAACGUAUGACAAUGACAACGACAAUGCCGAGGGCAACUGCGCAGAGAUCUACCAUGGAGCUUGGUGGUACAACGAUUGCCAAACCUCCAACUUAAACGGGCCCUAUCGGACGAACGGAUACCUGGGUAGUGAUGAAAAAGGGAUAACUUGGGAAACUCUUCCGAAACCCAAGGAUUGCUGGGACCAUUUCCAGAAUGGGAAAAGAUCAAACGGUAUCUACACCAUCUAUGUCAAAGGCAAGACGGUGGGAGUUGACGUGUACUGCCAAAUGGACAGUGACGUCGCCGGUGGCGGAUGGACGAGAAUCCAGCGCCGUGAAAGCGGCAACGUUGAGUUUUAUCGUAACUGGACCGAGUACAAAACUGGAUUUGGGAAUCUGAGGAGAGAGUUUUGGCUUGGAUUGGAGAAUAUUCAUCUUUUGACGACCCAAGAUGACUAUCAGCUUCGAGUUUGGCUCUCGAUGGAUUAUUAUGACUGGACAUAUGCUGUGUACGAUAGUUUUCAUGUAUCUGACGAGAAUGGCAAUUAUACCUUGGCGAUUGGUACAUUUACCGGUGGAGCAGAAACAGGUGACUCGAUGAUAGAGCACAAUGGAAUGCCAUGGUCAACAUAUGACAAUGACAACGACAAUGCCGAGGGCAACUGUGCAGAGAUCUACCAUGGAGCUUGGUGGUACAACGAUUGCCAAACCUCCAACUUAAACGGGCCCUAUCGGAGUUACAGAAACCUGGGUAGCAAUGAAAAAGGAGUUACUUGGGAAAGUUGGGCUGGAAAUGAUAAGUCAUUGGAAGAAAUGGACAUGAAAAUAAAACCAUUGAGUGCCGGUAACUAA